GAAGAAGGUUCAUUCUGUUUCACACUCGAAACAAGAAAGUCAACAAAGUCAGUGUUAGCUACUUAGCUUCACAUAACUUCACUGUUUACUCAGAUCUCUUUCACUUCCGUUCGAUCUUCGUUUACUGGAUUUUUCACUUGCUUCACAAUGCGGAUCUUCGUUCUCCUCUCCCUCACCACUCUCCUCCUCUUCUCCACGUUCUCAAUUACUUAUUGCAAGGACUCCGCCACCGCAACCGCCACCACCGCCGCUGAUGACGACGAAGAUCUCAGUUUCCUCGAAGAGGCCGAUGACACCUCUUCCUCUCAUCAUCACCAGUACGAAGGUCACUACCCGGAUCCCGACCAAAUCGACGACGCUGAUCUCGACGACUUCUCUGGCUUCGACGAGACAGAGUUCAAUCCUGACGCCUACAAAGAAGCCGAAGUGGACGAAAAGGACGUCGUCAUUUUGAAGGAUAAGAACUUCACCGACGUUGUCAAGAACAACCGCUACGUUAUGGUUGAGUUCUACGCGCCUUGGUGCGGUCACUGCCAAGCCUUGGCUCCCGAGUACGCUGCCGCCGCCACUGAGCUGAAGGGCGAGAACGUCAUUUUGGCGAAGGUGGAUGCAACGGAGGAGAACGAAUUAGCGCAGGAGUACGAUAUACAGGGUUUUCCCACCGUGUACUUCUUCAUUGAUGGAGUUCACAAGACUUACAAUGGCCUCAGGAACAAAGAUGCUAUAGUGAGCUGGAUUAAGAAGAAGAUAGGACCUGGUAUCUACAACAUUACCACAGUGGAGGAUGCUGAACGCAUUUUGACCUCCGAAAGCAAAGUUGUUUUGGGAUUCCUCAACUCUUUAGUCGGUCCGGAGAGUGACGAGCUAGCUGCUGCAUCAAGACUUGAGGAUGAAGUCACCUUUUAUCAAACUGUGAAUCCUGAUGUGGCAAAGCUUUUCCAUAUUGACCCGAGCAUUAAGCGCCCAACUUUGAUCCUGAUCAAGAGAGAGGAGGAAAAACUGAACCAUUUUGAUGGUCAAUUUGUGAAGUCUGAACUAGCAGACUUUGUGUUUGCCAAUAAGCUUCCCUUGGUAACAACUUUUACAAGAGAAAGCGCACCAUCAGUUUUUGAAAAUCCAAUCAAGAAACAGAUAUUGUUGUUUGCGACUUCAAACGAUUCGGAGAAGUUCCUCCCGGUAUUUCAAGAUGCAGCAAAAUUUUUCAAGGGGAAGCUAAUCUUUGUGUAUGUGCAAGUGGAUAAUGAAGAUGUUGGAAAGCCGGUUUCAGAUUACUUUGGUAUAUCUGGGGAUGGUCCAAAUGUACUUGCAUACACUGGUAAUGAUGAUGGAAGAAAAUUUGUGCUUGAUGGGGAGAUGACUAUUGACAAAAUAAAGGCGUUUGGGGAAGAUUUCCUUCAAGACAAGCUAAAACCUUUCUACAAGUCGGAUCCAGUUCCAGAAAGUAAUGAUGGUGAUGUGAAAAUAGUUGUUGGGAAUAACUUUGACGAAAUUGUCUUGGAUGAGUCAAAGGAUGUUCUCCUAGAGAUUUAUGCCCCCUGGUGUGGUCACUGCCAAGCACUGGAACCAAUAUACAACAAACUUGCAAAACAUCUUCGCAGUAUUGACUCACUUGUUAUAGCCAAGAUGGAUGGAACAACAAAUGAGCAUCCUAGGGCAAAGUCUGAUGGAUUCCCCACACUACUCUUCUUCCCAGCAGGAAACAAGAGUUUUGACCCUAUUACUGUUGAUACAGAUCGUACAGUGGUAGCUUUCUACAAGUUCCUCAAGAAACAUGCAUCAAUCCCAUUCAAGCUCCAGAAACCAGCCUCGGCCUCGACUCCUAAACCUGAGGGUACUGAUGAUACCAAGGAGAGUUCUGACGUCAAGGAAAGCAAGAGUAGCAGUAGCGACUUGAAGGAUGAAUUAUAAGGUGAAUUAAGUUAUGUAUUUAUAUUUACAAAGAGGUAUGAUUAGGCAAAGACGACUGAGCACAACUAAAAAGGAGAAAAGAAUAUUUCCCCAGAGAAGAAAGUGGGAUAAAAUGGGGGCCAAUAUAUGUAUUACUAUCAUCUUUAAUUCUUUCAACUUUUUCUUUUGGAUAUUUUAGAAUUUUGGUUAGACUUCGUUAAAAGAAAGAAUAACCUAUAUUUUAGUUUA